CCUAAACUUAGAUCCUAGAUCCAAACAGCUGGGACAAUGAGACACUUUGCUGUUCUUUAUAUGUGCCUGCUACUCGUCAUUGUCCGGGUCAGAUCUGAUCAGACACCCAGCACAACAGUCAGUUCUGGACAUGUAACCUCACACUAUUCCUCCCAAAAUACGACCAGCUCAAACACUUCAUCGACUAAUACCAGCACUAUUCCAAGCCUUCAAUCCCAGAGCUCCCAGAGCACCCCACCACAUCCCAGCACAACCCAUCCUCAGUUCAACAAACCUCCGAUCGCAACCAGCAGCACAGCGAAACCACCGCUGACCCCUACCCCAAUGCCUGGCCCCUCCAGCCAUCCUCAGGGCAGUGCUUCAGCCCAGUAUGUCCACUUUGGUCUUUUGCUGAUCUCUCUGAUGUUUCUCAUCGUAGUGGAACUUUAAUGCAAUCAGAUGGAUUGCCAAAUAAUGCUUUAACUGCGCUAACUCUCAUUAACUUCAGUAUGUACUAAUCAUUCCUCAGGCAUUUUUUGUAGUUAGUAGUCAGGGAAUGUUUUUCUGUUUUCAGUGCUUUUAUGUAACAUAUGAUGAAUUAAGUCUAAUCUGGUAACUUGUGUUUUCCUUCUCAAAGGAAGACGAACACAGUGACUCUAUUAUUUAUGAACGUAUGUAUUUGAUGAACUAGGGUGAUACAGGACUUUGGAAUUGUUUUAGCUGGGUUGUUUUUGUAAUGAAGUCCGAUUUGUUGGUCUGAAAUGAGACGAUGACACUAAAUCAAAGAUGUUGAAAAUUAAAAUCAUGUGUAGGAUUUUGCUUCAAAGCAAUCUCAAAUACUGCAACCAAAAACCUGAAUAUGUGCAGUACAGUUGUAUGAUUUCAUAUCUCGUUCGGUAUACCUUUUCUUACUUAACAAGUCAAAUGCAAAUACUUCAACUUUGCAAAUGAACUUUUCCAUUGAUAAGGUAGGUGUGCAGGAACCUGAGCUCUUAGGACAUUUCCUGCAUGCAUAAUGGGUCUUUUCAUUUUGAAUUUAUUGGUUACGUGUCAAUGUCUGUAUCACGAACACCAGUAAAAACGCAUAGUAUAAAAUAUACUGUAAAUUAAAACUCAGCAAUGUCUAAUUUUGCAGCUCAAUUUCAUUUUCUUUCAAAAGACACACAAACUGAUUCUUCAUCUUAUGAGAAAUAUUUAAACACACCUCAGUUUAAUGUUUAAGUCUAACACAAUAAUGUUUGAGCAUUCCAGUCAUACUAUUGCUAUUGAAUGUGUUUUACUUCAGUAAAGCACCAUUUUCACUCAUUUGGGCUUAAGAAAGAAGAAUCUUGAUCUAGAAUGAUCGAAAAUACUGUUUAAACAUGUGACAAAAAACAUAAUUAUAACCAAACUAUGUAGGCCACAUCAAAGGACUCAUUUUAACUAUAUAUCACAAAUACAGAUAAUGUUCUUAAUCUGUGUUUUUGCUUUGUUGUAGUAUAGAUAUCUCAACAUCAUUUAAACAAGAUACAUCUACUUGAGAAACAAAACUGUGUAAAACUUGUUGAUUAAAAUAAGACUUUUUUCUUUAAAGUUUGUUAGAUUUAUGCAUUAAAAUAAGAAUUUUACA